AUGGACGGACCCUACGCCCGAGAGCUGACCGUGGCCAUCGCGGCCAUCCAGCACGCCGCACGGCUCAGCCGCCGCGUCCUCGUCGCCUCCGACAAGGGCGUCGUGACCAAGGAGGACCUCAGCCCCGUCACCGUCGCCGACUUCGCCAUCCAGGCCCUGCUCACCUCCACCCUGCACGCCGCCUUCCCCGGCGACAAGUUUGUCGGCGAGGAGUCGGCCGCGGACCUCCGCGCGAACCCGGACCUGAAAGAGUCCGUGUGGGCCCUGCUGCAGCAGGUCGCAGAGGAAAAGGGACCGGACUCGCUGUGCAAGCUGCCGGCGUCGCCCGAGGAGAUGUGUGAGAUGAUCGACUGGUGCGGCCUCGGAGACCCCUCGCCGACGGGCCGGUUCUGGGUAUUCGACCCCAUCGACGGCACCAAGACGUUCGUCCGGGGCGAGCUGUACGCGAUCAACGUGUGUCUGAUGGAGGACGGCAGGCAGAGCGUCGGAAUCGUGGGUCUGCCGCUGCUCUCGGCGGACGCGAAGGCGCCCAUCAACAACGACAGCAUCGACCCGACCGGCACGGGCAGCAUCAUGUUCGCGGUCCGGUCCCGGGGUACCUUCAUCCGGCCGUUGCCCGGACCGCUGGACCUGCAGCCGACCCGGAUCCCGCGGCACGCCGACGGGGAGCACCACGAGCUGGUGUCGGUGACGUGCAUCGACGGCUCGGACUCGGCGGUGCCGGGGAUCCACAGGAAAGUCGCGGAGCGCCUGGGCGUGUCGUACCCGGGCAACGACCUGCUCGGCUGGGUGCUGCGGUGGGCGACGCUCGGGCUGGGGCAGGCGAACUGCACGUUCUGGGCGUACCGGAGGCGCGACCGGUUGGCUAAGAUCUGGGACCAUGCCGGUGCGAUGUUGUUGUUUGAGGAGGUCGGCGGGAAGGUCACGGAUGUGGACGGGAACCCGGUCAACCUGACGGCGGGGAGGAAAAUGGUUGCAAACUAUGGUUUCAUCGCAGCGCCACCGGCGGUUCAUGGCAAGGUUUUAGCUGCUGUUAGAGAAACUCUGGAGGCGGAAGGGCAUCUUGAGCUGUUGGGCUGA